GGCCGGCACCGUGGGAGUCGCGGCGGAGGGCGGCGCGGCGUCCGCUCCGCGGUGCCCGGGUGCGCGCGCAGCCCCCACCGCGCAGCCGCCCCCGCGCCCCGCCCAGCGCCGGGCGUGCGGCCGCCGGCACCGCCGAGACCCGCCCCGAGGAGACCGGCGCCCGGAGCUGGAGGCGGCGGCGCAGGGUUCACAGAUGGAUUCACUGGAAAAGACCACCCACCAAAGUGAACAGAAGUCCAGGAAGUUCCUGAAGAGCCUCAUCCAGAAGCAGCCGCAGGAGCUGCUGCUGGUGAUCGGCACGGGCGUCAGCGCGGCCGCGGCGCCCGGCAUCCCCGCGCUGUGCUCCUGGCGCGGCUGCCUGGAGGCCGUCAUCGAGACGGCGGAGCAGCUGGACGUGCUGCACCCCGGGGACGCCGCCCAGUUCCGCAGGAAGGUGAAGAAGGACCGCGACCUGCUGGUCGUCGCCCACGACCUCAUCCGCAAGAUGUCGCCGCGGACGGGCGACACCAAGCCCAACUUCUUCCAGGACUGCCUGAUGGAGAUCUUCGACAGCCUGGAGCAGCACCUCCAGCGGCCGCAGGUGCUGCAGCCCAUCCUCAGCCUCAUGGACCGCGGCACCAUGGUGCUCACCACCAACUACGACAACCUGCUGGAGCUCUUCGGGCGCCAGCAGAACCGGCCCAUGGAGUCCCUGGACCUGAAGGACAAGGCCAAGGUCCUCCAGUGGGCACGAGGGCACAUCAAGUACGGCGUGCUCCACAUCCACGGCCUCUACACGGACCCCUGCGGGAUGGUCCUGGACCCCUCAGGGUACAAGGACGUCACACAAGACCCGGAAGUGAUGGAGGUGUUCCAGAGCCUGUACCGCACCCGGUCCUUCCUGUUCGUGGGCUGCGGGGAGACGCUGCGCGACCAGAUCUUCCAGGCGCUCUUCCUGUACUCGGUGCCCAACAAGGUGGAGCUGGAGCACUACAUGGUGGUGCUCAAGGAGAGCGAGGACCUCUUCUUCAAGCACCAGGCCGACAUGCUGCUGCACGGCAUCAAGGUGGUGUCCUACGGCGCCUGCUUCGACCACUUCCCGGGCUACGUGCAGGACCUGGCCACGCAGAUCUGCCGGCAGCGCAGCCCAGAUGCCGACCGGGCAGACAGCACCACGCUGGGGGGCGGCUGCCAGGACUGCGCCAAGAGGAAGCUGGAGGAGAACGGCAUCGAAGCUUCCAAACAGCUCCGGCCCUCAGGUUUCCUGUCCAGCAUUGGUGCCACCCCGUUCCCAGGGCCGCAGCGCCCACCGCCUGCUUCUCCCAGCGGCUUCGGCCCGACAGGCCUCGGUCUCGUGGCAAGCGGGCCCCGCCCUGCGUGGGGUGCGGCCACCGUCAUCUCGGCGCUGCUGGCCGUCCUGCAGGCGGGGCGCCAUCACGCGGGUUCCGGCGGGUUCCACGGCUCCGCCAGAGCCCAGGGCCCUGGUGACGAUGCUGACACAUCUUGAAAUCUUUAAAACCAACCAAACCUGCAACUUGAAAACCAGCCUUCUGUGACCGCAGUGCCGCCCCGGGAUGAGGAAUGCUCGAGAACUCACACGGCCCCACGCUGCCGUCCUGUCACCUGUGGGUGCGGCCAGAGGCUGGGGAGUCCCAUUGUGUGUCUAACUGUCGGGGUGAAGUGCUCACCUCGGACCCGCUGCCAGGACGGGCGGACAACUACCUCAGCCGGUGGCGGGAGGGAGCUCCCCAGCGCCCUGUCCGGUGGCUGUUCUAAUAAAGGGACAGUGGAGACUGCAAGCAACAGUAGUUGCCAAAGAAAAGUGAGAAACUAGACUCUUAAAUUUUGUAAUUUUUAUGCGGAAACAUGUUACUAGAGAAGAAACUUUUAACGUAUGUUGGUUACGUUGUUUGAUAGUAAAGAAUAUUCGAGGUGUUGAAUCUGCCAGUGAGAGUGACGUCUUAACAGAAUGACUGGAUCAAAGGGCUUCUUUGGAACGCAGUAGUUUCAGUGACUUAGUUCCAGAGAACUGCAGGUCUACCCCUGAGCAUUAGAGCAUCAUCGCGAAGAACCAGAGGGCCUCUUUUUAUAGAGCGUGAGGGAGGUGGGGAGAACAGCUGUUUGCCUUCUGUGAGUGCAAUUAAUAGGGACUGAACCUGCAAGCUUCUGGUGCACAGGAUGGUGCACUAACCAUUGAGCAGCCCGUCAGGGCAGAGGGCCCUGUCAACCGUGCUGUACAGGGUGGUCCAAGCCCGGCUUGAGGCUGAUGAGAAGUUAAAAGUGGAGCAGAGCUGUUCUAAACUUAGAGUAUCCCAAGCUUUCCAAGUCUCCCCUCCCAGCAUUUUCCGCCAUGGCACGUGAUGGGCACAGCGUCAGGCAGGCAGGCAGGCAGAGGGCGUGGUGGGUGGCUGCUCUGUGGUGUGUUUUAGCGGCUGCCUACUUUCAUGUGAUGUCUCGCCAAGCACCAUGACACUCCCCAUGGAUGGCGCUGGAGCUCCCGCAGGCACCGGGAACUAGAAGCGUCAGGUGGGAGGUGUGGGCAGAAGCUGCACCUGCUUCAGACCUGUCUGCUCUCCAAGCAGGAAACCAAUCGUUUAUGCUCCUCUGGCCGUGAAGUUUGAACUGCAGCUCUGCAUGCUCAGUCUUUCUCUGUGAUGAUGAGGCUUGUUUUAUUUCUGAGAAUUCUUACCGUGAGUUGCCACUCAACUGUGAAAUCCAGUGAGCACUUGAACGUGUUCAGUGUUUGAACAGCAGACAGUUUUUAAGGACUCACAGUGUGCGAUCAGGGACGGAUGUGUGUGAAGGCUGGGCAGCAGUGUGGCCACGUCACAGCAGGAGAGUGACGGGGAGGGAAGCCGGGAAAGCGUAGCAGGCUGCUCAGGACCAGCUCCGAGCGCUGCUGAGUGCCACGCCGGGCGGAGGCCUUGCUGUGAGGAGCGAGCAGUCUGUAGUCAGCCCCGCGCUUGUUUAAGAUGCAGACUGAAAGCAGCGUGACAGGAGUGGGGAACAGUUCGAGCACACCUGAUAUGCAUAACGCUCUGUCCCUGAGAAACCAGGUCGGGGACAUCCUGGCCGUUGUUACUGCAGCUGCAAUGCUCUGACGUUUUUAAAUGGUAUUUUAAGUGGUUAUACGGGCACCUACACAAUAGCCUCUGUGCUGCCUCACCAAAGCCUGAACUACUGUCUCCGCCAUAAAGAGGUUGCUGACCUGCUAGUGAAGUAGGCGAGCUGUGCCCAGUGGGACAGCUGCACCGACCAACAGACACCUUGGGCCCGCAGCCCGGCACUGCCAGCGCCCUCAGACCCCCUCCACCCCUGGGCCCGGCGCCGCCCACUACACAAGCCGACUUCUGGGCAUUUUCAAGAUAAGUGCCACAUGUGCUGUAACGUCUGUGUAGUUCUUAACGGGGUGAUGAGUGUAAACCAGCUGUUAUUGUUAUCAGGUUCCUGCUUUGUUUUUGGAGUGUGGCGUUCCAACUGGUUCCUGUUGCUUGUGGUUUGCACAGAGGUGGUUUCAGGAACGCGAGGAAGCUGCCUUAGGACUGCCUUGAGUCCGAGUCCUGAGAGAACAGGCAGCCGGGAAGAGGAAGGGACAGGUCAGGUGGCACUGAGGGGACAUUCCAGUGUUAAGCCAAUGUCUUUCAAGGAGGGGAAGUCAGAGAUUGAGGUGAGACUGCCGGCACGGAAACAAGGAACCAGGGAGACUGAGCGGCCUCUGAGCAGGGAGCGAGGCUGGGACUUAUGGUGCAGCGCCCGUUUACCUGCGCUGUGAGUGCAGCUCGGGGGCGAGUCCGCUACAUCCGGAGCUGCUCCUCGGUGCCACUGGGCCACCAGGCCAGCAGCCCCUCCACACGCGCUGUUCCGUCCUGCGAUGGAAAUAGGCCUGCUGACAACGCUGCACCUUCUGUCCCGCCCGGAACAAGGCUCUGAAGUGGAAAGCCCGUUGUUUGUUUCCUUCUUAACAGAAAUGACAUUUAGGAAAAUGCAGAUUGCAUUGAAGCAGACAUUCCUUUUCACCUUAAACUUUUUUGGUUUAUAAAACUGUAAAUUGGAAACAUUUGAAAUUAGAAUAUUUUUAUUGAUAUUUUCAUACUGACAAAAUUUCCUCUGAAAUAAUUUCUCAAAACCAAGGUUCAGCACCUUACAAUUAGCAAUUCAGAAAUCAAGACUGUCAUUUAAAUGUUCCUUAAAUGGACAAGGCAAGACCAGAGGAAAGAGGAUGUAGAAUUCAACGUAUUUCUGGCUGGGUUUCAAAAUGGAACUUGAAACUAUGGAAACAAAACUGUACCUUUU